AGAUAGAUAGAUAGAUAGAUAGAUAGAUAGAUAGAUAGAUAGAUAGAUAGAUAGAUAGAUAGAUAGAUAGAUAGAUAGAUAGAUAGAUUUUUUUUACUUUGUAAAUGUACAGUAAUUUGUCGUCUGUUAAAAAUUGAAAGAGAAAUGAACAAAGGAUGACUGUUGUAUCAGUGUGGUAAAGUCAUAAUGUCAAAUGAGAGAGAAAAUGAUUGCAUGAAUUUCUAAACUGUAAAAAGAGGUUGUUGGAGCACGUUUCACGACUAUUGGCUUCAGAAUUGCAAGAAACAACUGCGGACAGGAGAAGUGAAAAAGCUGAAGUCGCAGACAGAAAAAGGAUGGUUUAGUAGAUUGCUUAACUGAAGCUGCACGGUUACAUGUCUGGCCACAAGCUCUGCUGUGCCAUUAGGUAAUAGCAGUGACCUUUUUUCUUCUUCCUGAUUUGUAUUUGCUUGGAAAAUGACACGUCUUAUCAGUUCAUAUUUGGUAUGCAAGUCUUUCCAAAUCACUGUAUGGUUGUAUAUUUUUAACUGCUCAAAAUCAUUUUAGAUUUAUUUUCAAAUUGAUUGAAAUCAGCCCAUGUAACUUUUUAAUCUCAAGAUUUCAUUUCUGUAGUGACUUCAUAUAGCACAGAGUGUCACUGUUGCUUUACUAAUAUAAAAUGGAUGCAUCUCAACUGCAGACUUAGUCAGAAGUGUGUAAUUUUGAUCUUAGCACAUGCUCUUGCGGUAACAUGUUGCAGAAGUGCUUCUGCUUGUGUUCUAGUGACUGCUAGCACAACUGUUUAAACGCGUAGUCUAGUGACUGGUUUCUUUAUUAGUUAUGGACAAGCUAAUCAGGAACAAUGUACUUUUGUUGUUAUUACAGGAUACCAGUUGGGGUAUGUGACUAAAAGAAUUCCACUGUACUGCAAUGUAUAUGUGGUGAUAAUAAAGGCUUUUAUGCCCCGUUCUAUAUAUAUUAAUUCACUGUUGUUGUUUUUUUAAACAAAAGUCAUUACUGUUUUGCUGUAUUUACAGUAUGUCUAAUUGUUUUUGUUGUCAGGUGAAUAACUAUAACAUUAUCAAGGAGCAAAAUUCAACUCAAGAAAAAGUAAAUUAUGUAUGUAAGCCUAUACAUAAUAAGACAUGUAAGUCACAGUAGUGCGCGGUCUACUAUAUAGAACUUACUUCUUUUGUAAAACAAAUGAAAGUGAUUUCAUGAAAAUUAGCACAUAGUGCAAAUGGGAUGUGAGAGCAGAACAGAAUCCUCAGCAUGAUUUCCUCAGAAACGUUAUUUCUACUAAACUGGUAUGUUUUGUCUGUGGAUAUAGUAUUACAUUUUUGGGGUGGUCACAGUGUUGAACAUUAAAACAGCCCUUCCUGUCAGUGCACUGUUCAAACAGCUCCAAAAGAAUAAAAGCAUUUUAUGGUUAUCAAAUGAUGUGUUGAGAUAUGCUUCAGAACUUUACAAUGCUAUUACUGCAUUCAGAGUAGAAAAAAAAACAUGCCUGAUAUCCUAAGUGAACACUUGGUGACAUGCCUUGGUAAGUAAAUAAUAAAGUCAAACAACUACAAAUUCAGUUCACUGAUAAGCCUUUCUUAUUACUCAUUUAUACAAAUCAUAUACUUUUGUCCAUGUGCUCUUUGCACCUAAGGCAUACAAGGAUCAAAUGUGACUAAUUUUAUACUUUAAACAAAGGUGUAUUGUGUAUUAGUGUGGUUGCUAUAUAGGUCAUUCCUGUUAUGUGCCUGUUGGAUUAUAUAGAUAAAUUAUUUAUUCAUUACUUAUUUACUUAACCUGAAUUACACGUCUGUUUAUCCCUGAAGUAAACGUUUGAUAUAAGAAGAACAUGGACCUGCCCUGCUUGGACAUAUUUAAGAGGCUGUGAUUCAUUAUAUACUGUACUUUGAAACCAUUCGACAAAACUAGCGUGUAUUCUGUUGAACUGGUUAGAACAUGUAUGAGAAGAACACGCAGACUGUCAAUAAAAUGGCAGAAAAGAUAAUGAAAAAUGAUUUUAACCCAUUUUAGCAAGCUGUGUGUGAUGUGGUUAGGGUUAGGGUUAGGGUAAAAAUACAGUAUUCAUGAUGAAUUUGUCUUGCAAUAGAGGGUUAGGGUUAGAAAUAUGUGUUGCAAUAGAUUUAUAAUAUAAUAGAACAAAAUUCUAAUAGAUUUUCAAUAAGUAUGUACCAUCUAGGGAAAAACACACACAUGCACAAAAACAUACACCUUUAUAUAUAAUAAACAUAGACGUUAAAGCGAAUAAUAUUGUUUGUAAAAGUCUGUCAGAGGUUACAGAAUCUGAAUUUAAAAAAUAAAUAAAUCAAGAAUUGUGAGUUUCUCCACCCUUUAAUGUAAAAACCACCUCCAUAGGCACACACAAGCACCAGAAAUGUUCUACACAUAUAUACUAUAUUCAUGAAAAAUAAACAGAAACCUAACUCGCCCCAAAAUCAAACAGUGUUUUGUUUUCUAACAAUGCAGGUGAGUACACCCACCCAGUACUUCUUAUCAAGGUAACAGGUUGCCUUAGCACUGCGAACCAGACUGUGACAUCAUUAUUAGUAUAAACGGUAAGGAUCUCUUUUCUCCUCCCAUUUGCACUGCUGGCUGUAAGCUCCAACCUUCACUGAGAUCUAUUGUACAACCUGACACGGAUCAAGAUGAUGACAUAUCAAACUGAAGUGGUCAACACACAGCCUCAGGUGUCAGUCACCAGUUAUACUGUUUCCACUGGGUCCUCUGACUGGAGCUCCAACCUCUGUGAUUGCUGUGAUGACUGUGGCAUCUGUCUUUGUGGUGCAUUUAUCCCCUGCAUCCUUGGCUGUAAGGUGGCACAGGACCAUGGUGAUACCUGCUGUCUACCCUUUCUACCUGGAGCCAUGAUUGCAUUACGAACCAGUAUUCGUGACAAAUACCGCAUCCAUGGGUCCAUCUGUGAUGACUGGCUGAUCAUGUCCUGCUGCCCGUUAUGUGGUCUCUGCCAGAUGGCUCGAGAACAGAAGAUGAGAGGCUGAGAAACCCAAAAAGGCAAAGAUAGGAUGACUGGUGGCUUCCUGACGACAAAACCUCUUCUUCCACAUGUUAAUUUAUAGAUAUAGGAGUGCUGUAUUGUACACUGCUUUGUACAAUGUUAUUUUAGGCAAUAUAAUAAUAAACAUACAUUUUAUUAUCAUUAUUAUUAUUAUUAUUAUUAUUAUUAUUAUUAUUAUUAUUAUUAUUAUUAUUAUUAUUAUUAUUCAU